AUGUCUGCAAACGAAUUCUACAGCUCUGGCCAACAGGGAGAAAGAUCCGAUAACAAUUACCAAAGCAGCAACCAAGGCGAUUCCCAGCGCGGCGGCGAAGAAGGUGGGGACCGUUCUCUCCUUUCUUCUGCAAUUAGCGGUGCCAUGGGUGGCCACUCUAAGCAUGGUGGUGGAAUGGAAGACAUGAUCGGCAACAAGAUUGGGCAGAUGUUGUCAGGAAAGGGCGGUCAACAGCAACACGACUCUGGCAGUGGUGGUGGACUUGGUGGUUUGGCCUCGAUGCUCGGAGGAGGAAACAGCAACCAAAAUCACCAAAACCAUCAAAGCAGCGGCGGCGGCCUUGGCGGUCUUGCUAGCAUGCUUGGAGGUGGUGGUAGCAAUCACAGCAGCCAAGGUGGAAACUAUGGCCACAACCAAGGCGGAAACUACGGAGGCAAUGGUAACUACGGUAAUGAAGGUAGAUACGAUAACCAGGGUUCUGGCAACCACGCAUCCUCUGGUGGUCUUCUUGAUAGCGUGAUGGGUGCUUUUAGUGGUGAAGGCAAGCACGGUACCUCUCAUAAUAACAACGAAGGAUACGGAAACCAAGGUGGUGGCUACAAUAACCAAGGCGGAAGUUAUGGUGGUCACAACUCUGGCCAUCAACUGGGCGGUGGCAGAUUCAAUGACAACAACGAUGACAACUCCUGGGGCUACAACAGUCAGGGCGGUAACCAAGGUGGCUACGGAGGAAACCUGGGAAGAUAUGGUGGUAACCAGGGUGGCUACGAUAACCAAGGUGGCUACGGUAAUCAAGGAGGCUACGGCGGAAACCAGGGAGGAAGAUGGUGA